AUGGACGCGCGACUCCCACCCGAACUCGAAAGGGAAAUUUUCGAGACGACUGCGCUCGUUCAUCGCGCGUCGAUCCCUGCCAUGCUGCUCGUCGCUCGUCGUGUUCUCGUCUGGAUCGAGCCUUUCCUCUACUACAGUCUGAAGAUAGGAAUUCCCAAGCCUGCCCGGGCUGGUGUUGAAGAUAGCGCCGCCGAGUCCGGCUCUCUGCAUGCAGCGUUAGCAAAAACCGACGUGUUCCUCCGCGACAGCGUCCGCCAUCUCGUUCUGGGCUCGCAGUUCGCACAACAGCUAGCGCAGAUGCCGGAUGCCGAGAAAACCAAGCUGAGCAGCAUGACCAACGUGGAGUUUCUGGCCAUUGCCGGCGUCAGCGAGGACCACGCCGCCGAAUUCCUGCAGCUAAUCUCUGCCAUGCCAGUUCGGCGCCUCGCCUGCUAUGUGGAGGAUAUCAUCGGCCGGUCCGGCCUGGUCCGCGGUGACCCUCAAACCAUAGCCGCCAUCCCCAUCUUCCGCCGAGUCACCCAUUUCGAUGUCUUUGACGAUGACUCGAGAUUCGCCGAGGCCGUCUUCGCCGUCCUCGCGCAUCUCCCCGCGCUGACCCACCUUGCGAUUUCGUCUGAGCACGUCGACGAGGACGACCCGCAGAGCACGGACAAUAUCAAGGCAUUCCUUGCAGAGUGCCCGGCGCUGCAGAUACUGGUGUGCCUGUCGCCGACAGGGAUCCUGGGUGCCAACAUAGAGCCGGUAGCCAUGGACGAGGAGAUUGACAUCCGUUUCGUAUCGCGUGGCUAUACGGAGUGGUACGAAGGUGUCUCAUAUGACACGAUAACUUUCUGGGACAAAGCGGAGGCAGUUGUUGCCCGUAGACGAGCCCUAGCUGCUAGUAAGACGCCGGAUAAUAAUGUCAUCUCUGGUGUUUGA